AUGCAUUCCACACUCAUCUCCCUUAUUCUCCUUUCCGCUCCUAUCCACGCGAUUACCACAGCUCGCGUCUGGACACAUUUCUACCCAUCAUGCCCAGAAAACCCUUACUCCGAUCUGAGCACAUAUGAAAAUUACGAGGAAACCACAGCACCCAUCGAGGUUUCCCUUGGCCAGUGCGCCAGUGUCGUCGUCCCAUCACACCAACGCAACUUGGUCGGCGCCGUCUCACUAGAUGCCGAGUACACCACCCGGAAACUAGGCCAGCCCUUCCCUGAAGACGGUCCUAUCUGCAAUAUCACUCUGCAUGAAGUUCCGGAUUGUGUCGAUAAACCCCUUAUCACGAGGGGGCUUCCUGAAGGUGUCGAAGUCAGCCAGUGCACGGAGCGUCACUUUACCUGGAGUCAGGUCUGGGUCAAGCUGGUCUGCGAGACUGAUGUCGAGCACGAAGUCGAGCACACCGUCAACGAACCAGUCAAUGAGACCACAAACGAGUCCAAGGUUGAUGAUGGCCAAAACCUAGACUUCCCCCGAAUGGAAGAGACUACCACAAUUGAAGAUGACACCAACGUCCAAAUACCUGAAGAAACCACCUCCGUUGACCAGGAGACCGAAGUUCAAAAUCCUGGCUCGAACGCUAAUUCCUGGGAGCACUCUGCGAAUCAGAUUGAGCCGGAGCAAGAAAGCCGUGUCGACAAUGCCGGACAUGCUGAGAGCGACGCCAUUGUUCAUCGCAUCAUGGAGGAGUUGAAAGAUAAGAGCUCGGCCAUGAACAUUGUUAGUGGCAAGCACAAUUCCACUGGUGCCUCCAAUGCCACUGCGCCUGGUGCGCCAGUUGUAUCCCGGAGAAAGUUCUCUGUUCUGCGCAAUCGGGCAACGCGGUUGUACUAG